GGGGAUGAACCAAGAUCAUAUUGACCACGGCCAGGAUGAACACCACCUGGAGGAUAAAAGGCGUCGAUCGCCAGCACAUCUUGUCUCAACUCCAUCAGCAGAUCAGUCUCAUCAUCACAGUUCUCCGGACUCCCAGAUCACCAGCAGUCUAGAACUACCCUCACCAAGAUGCGCUUCACGGGAUCGCUCCUCGCCUUGGGAAUUGCCCUCGUCUCCGCUGUUCCUCUUCAAGACAGCCCUCGCCAGCGCCUCCUCGAUGGGAAGCCUUUGCCCUCCAAGUACCGCACCCGGAGUGUCAACAUCACGAACCCCUACACUCCAUCGUACCGUGAUCCGUAUGACACCGCCGUCGACUCAGUUGGCGAGGGUCUCGACCCUCUUCCCUUCCGGAAUGGCAAGGGAGCUACCGUCCUAGGACCAUGGAACAAGGACCGCUCUCGACAGGACCCUGACUUGGUCCGCCCACCCAGCACCGACCAUGGCACCCUACCCAGUCUUCGUUGGAGCUUUGCCGACUCCCACAUCCGCAUCGAAGAAGGAGGUUGGACUCGCCAGACCACUGUCCGCGAGCUCCCCACUAGCGUUGAGUUGGCUGGCGUCAACAUGCGCCUCGAGAAGGGCGUGAUCCGUGAGUUGCACUGGCAUAAGGAGGCCGAAUGGGGUUAUGUCCUCGAGGGCAACGUCCGCGUGACCGCCUUGGACUAUGAGGGCGGCAACUUCAUCGACGACCUCGAAAAGGGUGACCUCUGGUACUUCCCAAGCGGCAUUCCCCACUCUCUGCAAGGCCUGGGCGACAACGGCACCGAGUUCCUGCUCAUCUUCGACGACGGAAGCUUCUCCGAGGAGUCUACCUUCCUGGUGACAGACUGGCUCGCUCACACCCCCAAGUCCGUCAUCGCCAAAAACUUCCACCUGGCCCCCGAGAUCUUCGCUCACCUCCCCGAGAAAGAAAAGUACAUCUUCCAGGGCUCGCAGCCAGGUUCCAUCGACCAGGAAAGACCCGAGGGCAACAACGUCAAGAAGUCCAAGUACCAGUUCACCCACAAGAUGCUUGCCCAGGACCCCAAGAUCACCUCGGGCGGUGAAGUGCGAAUCACCGACUCCAAGAACUUCCCAGUCUCCAAGACCGUGGCGGCCGCCCACCUCAUCAUCGAGCCCGGUGCGCUGCGUGAGAUGCACUGGCACCCCAACGCGGACGAGUGGUCCUUUUUCAUCAGCGGACGUGCCCGCGUGACGGUGUUUGCGUCCCAAGGUAACGCCCGCACGUUCAACUACAUGCCCGGAGACGUCGGUAUUGUGCCCAGGAACAUGGGACACUUUGUUGAGAACAUUGGUGAUGAGCCGUUGGUCAUGCUCGAGAUCUUCCGGGCUGACGAGUUCCUUGAUAUUUCCCUGUUCCAGUGGCUGGGCGAGACUCCGCAGCGCCAGGUGGCUGAUACGCUGUUUAGUGAUGAUAAGGAGGCGAGACAGAAGUUCCUGGAUGCGAUCAAGGAUCCGAAGAGGGACGAGGUUAGCAAGGGUCCUGAGGCUCAGUGAAGUAAGUGUGUGAUCUGUGAUGGGACAUCAACGGGGGGCGCAUUUUGGUGCCACUAAAAAGUCUCGAGUGGUCGAAUU